AUGGUGGAAAAUAUGGAAAUCGAUAAUCAACAACAUCAUAUAAGUGAAACGUGGACAGAAAAAUAUCGCCCAAAAACUCUACAAGAUGUUGCACAUCAAGAGGAAGUCGUUACAAUGCUUCAGGGAGCAUUAAAAGGGAAAGACCUUCCACAUUUAUUGUUCUAUGGGCCACCAGGAACAGGUAAAACAUCAGCUGCGUUGGCGUUUUGUCACGAACUCUAUCCAAAGAGCAUUUUCAAAGAUCGCGUGUUGGAAUUGAAUGCGUCCGAUGAACGAGGAAUUGCUGUUGUUCGUCAAAAAAUAGUAAUUCUUGAUGAAGUUGACGCUAUGACAAGAGAUGCUCAAUCUGCUAUGCGUCGAGUUAUAGAAGAUUGCUCCAAAACGACGAGAUUCAUUCUUAUUUGCAAUUAUGUGUCUCGAUUGAUUGCUCCAAUCGUUUCUAGAUGCGCCAAGUUCCGUUUCAAGCCUUUGCCAGCAGAAAUUCAAGUUGGACGCCUUCGUACAAUUUGCGAAUCAGAAGGUUCACCAAUGAGCGAUGAAGACUUGAAAACGGUGAUGCAAUCAUCGGAAGGCGACCUUCGACGAGCCGUUUGUAUGCUUCAAUCAUUAGCGCCAAUUCUGCGCAAUGGAGAUGCCAAAUCUAAAGAAUGUUAUCUCCGUCCAACAUUUGAUCAUAAGAUAAUCAACGAGAUCGUAACGACGUUACCUUCGGCCAAAGUUUCCGAGGUCAUCGCAAUGGUGCGCCGCGUAUCGAAAUCUUGCAGCGGGGUCUCGUUUUUGCGAAAGGUGUUCGAUGAAUUCCUCAAGGACGAUCUUAUCAACAAUAAUAAUAUUGUAGUGAUGGGAAGAUUGGUCGCGACUUGCGAGAAACGAAUUCUCGACGGCUGCGACCUUCAGAACAAUCUGCUCGACUUCCUGCUCACAUUACGCUCAACACUGGUCGACUAG